AUGUGGCAAAUGGUGGGAAACGCCUUUCUGGAAGGAUAUGCACGCUACACUGGCUUCCAGCGCCACUUGGGAUUCGACGGAAGAGAGAGUGAGGGCUUUGGAAAGAUAUUCGAAAGUCAGGAGGGAUCAUUGAGUGGGAAUACGCAUCCUCCCAGUCAUAUAGAAACUCCCACAGAUAUGGAGCUUCCCAAAUAUAUGGAGGAAGUCUGA